UAUAGGGUUAUCAGGUUAUAGGUCUUGUCGCAGGCCUAAAAAUAAAAAUACGCCUCGCUCUAGCGUCUAGCUUGCACCUUAACAUACAUGACCCUGCUUGCAGCUUUGAGGUAACUCCAACCGCAGAUAUUAAAAUUCGAAGUGCAAUACAUUGCUGUCCUUCCUGUACCAAUCCUAGCGCGUAGCGCGGCUUUAUAGUAUGGCGGACGCCGAUGAUACUGUUGGACCUCCUCGUCCACCGGAAGGGGCAGAGGAGGAGAAUGCUGAGGAGCAAGAUCAGGACGUAGGACCGGCGCCCCCUAAGCCAAAGAAGCGCAAGAUCCUCGAAUUUGAGCAGCAAUACUUGGAUGCGCUGCCUUCUGCAGCCAUGUAUGAGCGGAGUUACAUGCAUAGGGACACUGUGAACAACAUUGCGGUGACCUCCACGGACUUCAUCAUCACCACCAGCAUCGACGGCUUCCUCAAGUUCUGGAAGAAGAUGCCGCGGGGUAUCGAGUUCGUGAAGCAAUACCGCGCACAUGUGGGAGCCGUGGACGGUUUGGCGGUCAGCUGGGACGGCACCCUCUGCAUGACGCUGUCGCACGACCGGACUGUCAAGAUCUUUGACGUCCUCAACUUCGACCUCAUCGUGAUGCUGCGGCUGCCAUUCACCCCGGGCUGCGCGGCCUGGAUAUAUAAGAAGGGCGAGGCCAAGGCGCGCCUCGCCAUCUCGGACCUCAACUCGGGCGCCAUCCACGUGUACGAUGCGCGCAGCGGCAGUGAGGAGGCGGAGGCGGUGGUGGAGGUUCACCGCGCCCCGGUCACCUGCAUGCGCUACAACGCGCCCUUCGACACCGUCAUAUCCGCCGACUCCAAAGGCCUGAUCGAGUGCUGGUGCGGCUCCUCCUACGGCCACCCGGACGGCGGGCGGGUGGGCUGGAGCAGCAAGCUGGACACCGACCUGUUCGAACUGGCCAAGGCGCGGACCACAGCCAAGUCGCUGGAGGUGAGUCGCGACGGCCAGCAGUUCGCGGCGGUGUGCGGCGACCGGCGAGUGCGCGUGUUCAAGUUCGGGUCCGGCAAGCUGCGUCGGGUGUACGACGAGUCGCUGGAGGCGGCGAAUGAGGUGCAGCGGAGUGGCGGGGAGAUGUUCCAGUUGGAGGACAUUGACUUCGGUCGGCGCAUGGCGGUGGAGCGGGAGCUGGGGGCCGCCGCGGAGGAGACCCGCGGGUCGGUCAACGCGGUGUUUGACGAGUCGGGCAACUUCCUGCUCUACUCCAGCCUGCUGGGGAUCAAGGUGAUCAACCUGGUCACCAACAAGGUGGUGCGCAUUCUGGGCAAGGUGGAGAACACGGAGCGAUUCCUCACCCUGGCCAUCUACCAGGGCGCCCCCCGCGGCAAGGGCGGUGCGGGUUCCCGGCUGCGCGGCCUGCCCACCGCCGAGCAGGUGGAGAAGCUGCUGGGGGGCGGCGACCCCACCCUGCUGGCGUGCGCCUUCAGGAAGCAGCGCUUCUACAUGUUUACCCAGCACGAGCCCACCGAGCCGGACGACCCCGCCCAACCCGGUCGCGAUGUGUUCAAUGAGAAGCCCGCGCUGGAGGACCUGAUCGUGGCGGAGGGCGGCGCCCCCGUCCCCACCCACUGCCUGCCCCACGGCGCGCGCCUGCACACCACCCGCGGCGACAUCACGCUGCGCCUCUUCCCAGACGAGUGCCCGCGCACCGUGGAGAACUUCACCACACACGCGCGCAACGGCUACUACGACGGGGUGUUGUUCCACCGCAUCAUCAAGGGCUUCAUGAUCCAAACGGGAGACCCGCUGGGCGACGGCACGGGUGGCGAGUCCAUCUGGGGCGGCGAGUUCGAGGACGAGUUCCACAAGGCGCUGCGACACGACCGGCCCGGCAUCCUGUCCAUGGCAAAUGCCGGACCCGGAACCAACGGCAGCCAGUUCUUCAUCACCACCGUGCCCACCCCCUGGCUGGACAACAAGCACACCGUGUUCGGGCGGGUGGUUCGCGGCAUGGACGUGGUGACGGGCAUCGAGCGGGUGCGCUGCAACAAGGACGACAAGCCGCUGGAGGACAUCAAGAUCCUCAGCAUCACGUGCCUGGACAGCGUGGAGGAGGC